GUAGGACGCAGGAAGACGUGAGGUACAGGCCUCUGAGGAGGUUUGCUGGAAGAGAGAAAAAGCUUGGUUUAAGAACCAAGAAGGAACUAUAUCUCUAAAUGCACAUUCAUUCUUCACUGCUGUGAUCACAUCUUGGAUUAUCACCUUGGAACGGAUUUUUUUUCUCAGCAAAGGAAAGCAACACUUUAAACUUAAACUUUAGGAUUCGUUUGUGUCUAUAUGACAUGAAUGGGAACAGCGUGGCUGAUGCGGGACAGUGUCUGAAGAGUCUUUUAGGGGAAAGUUGCAUUCAAUGAAUCAUUCAGUGAAGAGAAUACGGAACUGAAAGGACUCCUUUGUCAAGGAAACAACACUGAGCUGGGAACGGAGUUACUCGAAAACCAUUUGUAUUUAUUUAUUUAUUUAUUUAUUUAUUUAUUAUUCAUCAUGGGACGCUACCUUCUAACCUUAUCACUCCUACAAGUCUUCAUAUGCCAGAUCCUCUCUUCUGGAGUCUUUGAACUCAAGUUACAAGAGUUUUUGAACAAGAAGGGGGUACAAGGAAAUAGGAACUGUUGUAAACCUGGUUUAACACCAUCAUACCAGACGCAGUGUGAAUGCAAAACCUUUUUUCGAAUUUGUCUAAAACAUUAUCAACCGAACGCAUCUCCGGAGCCCCCUUGUACCUAUGGUGGUGCUGUUACCCCCAUCCUUGGUUCAAACUCUUUCAAAGUUCCCGAUACGCUACCGGAUGGCUCCUUCACAAAUCCCAUAAGGAUGAAUUUCGGUUUUACUUGGCCGGGGACAUUUUCUCUUAUCGUUGAAGCUGUGCACGCCGAUUCCAAAGAAGAUCUUACAACCGAAAAUCCUGAGCGAAUCAUCAGUACCAUGGCUACGCAGAGACACUUGACUGUGGGGGACGACUGGUCCCAGGACCUUCAUUCCGGAGGAAGGACUGAGUUGAGAUACUCUUACCGCUUUGUCUGUGAUGAGCACUACUACGGUGACGGUUGUUCAGUGUUCUGUCGCCCCAGAGAUGAUGCUUUUGGGCACUUCACCUGUGGGGAACGAGGCGAGAUCAUUUGUGAUGCUGGAUGGAAAGGACAAUACUGUACUGAACCAAUCUGCCUCCCAGGAUGUGAUGAAGAUCAUGGAUUUUGUGAGAAACCUGGUGAAUGCAAAUGCAGAGUUGGGUUUGAGGGUCGGUACUGUGAUGAGUGCAUCCGUUACCCAGGAUGCCUGCACGGGACCUGUCAGCAACCGUGGCAAUGCAACUGUCAAGAGGGCUGGGGUGGCCUCUUCUGCAAUCAAGAUCUCAACUACUGCACACAUCACAAGCCCUGCAUGAAUGGAGCCACUUGUAGCAACACUGGCCAGGGCAGCUACACCUGCUCCUGUCGGCCUGGCUACACAGGAGCCAGCUGUGAGAUCGAGGUGAACGAAUGCGCUGGGAACCCCUGCAGGAAUGGUGGCAGCUGCACUGAUAUGGAGAACACGUACAGCUGUGCCUGCCCACCAGGUUACUAUGGGAAGAACUGUGAGUUGAGUGCCAUGACUUGCGCUGAUGGACCCUGUUUCAAUGGAGGACGCUGUGCUGACAACCCAGAUGGUGGCUACUACUGCCAGUGUCCCACAGGCUAUGCUGGCUUCAACUGUGAGAAGAAAAUUGACCACUGCACCUCCGCCCCAUGUUCCAAUGGUGCCCGAUGCGUUGACCUAGUGAACUCCUACCUUUGCCAGUGUCCAGAGGGAUUCACCGGUAUGAACUGUGACCGCAGCAGUGAUGAGUGCGCUGCGUACCCUUGCCAAAAUGGCGGCACGUGCCAAGAGGGUCCCGAGGGCUACACCUGUGUCUGUCCUCCAGGCUACACUGGCCGCAACUGCACCGCGCCCAUCAGCCGCUGCCAGCACAACCCCUGCCACAACGGGGCCACGUGCCACGAACGCAACAACCGCUACGUGUGUGCCUGUGUGCCGGGCUACGGGGGCCGCAAUUGCCAGUUCCUUCUGCCGGACCAUGCAGCGCAGAUCGCAGGCCACAUCCCCUGGACUGCAGUGGCCUCUGGCAUCCUCCUGGUGGUGCUCCUGCUGGCCGGCUGUGCGCUGGUGGUGGGCUGCAUCCGCUCCAAGGUGCAGCAGCGGCGGGAGCGUGAGGUGGACAUGGUUCAGGGCGAGACGGAGACCAUCAACAAUUUGUCCAACAACUGCCAGCGAGACAAGGAUCUGUCGGUCAGUGUGUUGGGAUCCACGCCCGUGAAGAACACGAACAAAAAAGUGGACUACCACAGUGAGCAGGACGACAUGGUGCCGGAGAAGAGCAGCUACAAGACUCGCCACGCGCAGGUGGACUACAACCUGGUGCACGAGGUGAAGAGCGAGGCCAAGCACGAGGUGAAGCUGGAGUACACGGGCAAGGAGGCGGCCGCUGCAGCAGCGAGCUGUGAAGACAUGUGCCAAUCACUCGACUGCUUCGACUCGGGCAGCGAAUACGAGGAGAAGCGCAGCAAACGUUUGAAAAGUGAUGCAUCAGAAUGUUCAGAAAGGCAGAACUACCAAGGGGUGGUGCCUGGGUGUUUCGACAAUAAAUACAAAUCUGUAUUGGUCAUGUCUGAGGAGAAAGAUGAAUGUGUAAUUGCAACAGAGGUGUAAGGGACCUGCAGGUCUACACGGUUAAUUUUUAGCCUGUGGGGAAUGUGUUGACUCCCUGUCAGAAAGUGCUGCUCUAACCUUAGGUGGAGGUGUCCCGCCUUGUGACUGCUGCUCAAAUAGAGACUUUUAACUGAUAUUCAGAGUGAGCUGGUUCUCUUCCUGAAAUGAAUGGAGGCAGUGGCGGCCUGUGGGACAGAAAGCUGUCCGGGGCCAAAGUUAUGUACCCUUUAAAAUAAUUUACCUGUAAAGUUGUUUAAAGGUGUUGGGCAAUAUGUGCUCGUCAGACCAUGUUUUUAAGGGAUUCAUCAACAUGUGAGAUGCAAUUAGUAAGAAAACGAGGAUGUAACAAAAAUGUAAAAAAGUAUUUCAGUGUUUUGCCAUUUACCGGGUCUAAUUCUGGCAACAUUGUGGCAAUGUUUUAGCAAUAUAUUGGCAACAUUUGCUGUCCGGCCAAUUCUUCAAGCCCCAUAGGCUGCUGCUGAGUGCAGGGACUGCAUCAAAAGGUGGAUGUUUGGCCAUAAUGGCCUAUUCUUCACACGUUGUGUCACAUGAUCAUGAUCCUGUCACAUAGCCUGUGGAGACUGUAUGUAUACUUGAUCACUGUGUAAAAAAGAAAACAAAAAGUGCAUCUCUCUAAGUCCUCCGAGCAUUUUUUUUAUUUUCCCUUCUUUUUUGUAAUGUUCUGUAUGGUAUUGAAUAUGUAAUUAUUAUCAAGAGUGUGAGUAUACUUUGAAAAAUGUCCUUGCUUGUCAUUGACUUUUUGUUUUGGUAAUUGCUUUUAUAUAAAAAAAAAGUUGUAUGAUUUUAUUUAAUUUAUUUUUAUUUAAUUACUAUGCUGUAUUUUGCAUAUUUGUUAUGGUUUAAAUAAUUAUUUAAUUUGAAUUUUUUAAGUUGUCGCUGUUAUUUGCAAAGGCACUUCGGGUCAUUGGGACGUGUUGAGAAAUGUUAUUUAAGAAGGAUUGUAAAAAUGUUUUUAUUGUCAUUGUUUUUGUUACUUUAAUGAAGGAUUUAGCUUAAAUUAUUUUUUCAAAUAAAGAUUAUUGAAUACUCA